AUGUCAGAACCUUGUGCAAUAAUACUGAUAAACGGUAAAAGGAAAUGUGGGAAGGACUAUCUCGCCUUAGAAUUAGUGGAGAACCUGGGCCCUGCUGUGUGCGAAACACUCCACCUCUCCACAGAGAUUAAGAGAGAAUACGCACAACUCAACAACCUCGACUUUUCACUCCUCCUCACUGACUCCCCCUACAAGGACGUGUACAGGAAAGAGAUGAUAGCGCUUGGUGAAGCGCGGCGCGGCGCAGACCCCGGCCAUUACUGCCGGCUAGCUACAGAGCACGGCUCCAAGCAGUGUUGGGUAGUAGUGGACAAUCGCAGGGAAACUGAUAUCGAGUAUUUCAAACAGCAAUAUCCGGGGAAGUGUAUAGUAGUGAGAGUUACUGCUUCAGAGGAGAUUAGGAGGAAAAGAGGGUGGAGUUGGAAGAGUGGUGUUGAUGACGCGGAGUCAGAGUGUGGGCUUGAUAAACACGUACCUGAUAUUCCUGUGUGUAAUAAUGGGGACAUAUUAUCUGAUGGCUUCUUAGAAAGUGUGGAGCUUGUGGUUAGAUGGGUUAAGGAGAGGUUAACCAUUUGA